UUAUCGCAUCUUUUUUUCGCGUCAAUAAGUUGUAUUCCCCUCCAUCUAUCACUGUCUUAUUUUUAUUUAAAAUUUACUGUAAUCAACAUGGAAAAUAGCAACUUACAAAAGUAUUUUGACCUUGAUUCUCAAAACAGCGAUAUAUUUGAUCAAUUUAAAGAUUUACCUGGAAUAACACCAGAAGUUCGUGAUAUGUGGGUUCUACCUGAAAAUAAUCAGAAAACUACGACUCCAGCUGUUUCAAUUGAAUUAUUUAGUGAUCCAAUAGCGUCAGCAAUUCAAACAAAUUGUCCAGCUGAAAUUGAAAAAAGGAAGAAACAUGAAAAUUCAGAGAACUUGACAAUUGAUGAUAAUGGGAUAAGAGCUUUAAUUAAGGAUAAUUGUUAUCGAUCAGCUCUUUCGCUUACAUCUCGUUUAUUAUCGAAUUACGGUCAAGGACUUAAAUCAGGACAAGAAAUUAAGCAUAGCAAGCAUUCCUUACAGCUGUGGUACACAAGAAUCUAUUUGCUGAUUAAAAUAAAUGAACUAGAGAUUGCUCGAAAAGAAAGUGAAGCAUUUGGACAGUUAAAUAAUGCUGACAUGUUUUAUGAAUUUACAGAAGAACAGGCUUAUAAAAGCAAGAAAGGAAGUCUUCCUAAUUUUGCAUUCAGGCUCCUUUUAUCCUACGAACUUCCAUUUAAAUUAAACCGUUCGAGAGAAGCACUCCAAAACUUAGUCACGAUUCUUGCAAAUACUAGAAAGAUCCACAAAUUUUUCAGAGAUUUGAAUAAAUUAACUGAAGCUGAAUUUUGGAAGGAACGUGAAAUUCGAGUGCUGUGCUCAAUCAUCAACUGUGCUACUCAUUUGAAGAAUUUCGAUUUAAUUAAUCAAAUUUUUGACAAUCUUUUGCUUUUACCGGAUCUCAAAGAGGAUUUUAAAUUUGAGCUUUAUUCAGCUUGGGGAAGAAUACAUCUUCAAUGUGGUGAUAUUUCAACGGCAGAGAAAAAAUUUAACACGAUUCCAUCAGUUAAUCCUAAACAUGAAUUGAUUGCUCUUGUAAAUAAAGGACUGUUGGCUGUGGCACAAAAUGAUUAUAAUGAAGCUCACAACUUAUUCCAACAAGCACACGAAUUGGACAAAAAUAAUGUCAUGAUAUUAAAUAAUUUAGCAGUAUGCUUUCUAUAUAAUGGGAAAAUGCACGAGGCAAUAGCAAUUUAUGAGAGUGCAAUUAAGAAUGAUCCGAGAAAUAAUCUACAUCCUACAACACUUUUAAACUGUGCAACGCUGUACGAACUUCAAUCCAACGAGUCCAAAAAGAAGAAGAUUGACUUGCUGAAAAUUGUUUCAGCCAAUCGAGCAGAUUUAGAGAUGAACAUCGAUGCAUGCUUAAAACUUUGA